ACAAGGGCUUUGAUUUGCUAGUUCGGACCGCACCGUAGAUCGCUCCACUAGUUCAAGGCAGACAGCCGGUAUCUACCUAAUAAGGUAGAAACCGCAGGCAACCACCACCCGGCCUAAGGACGACUGCCCAAGCUCCUGUAAUUAAUUCUACUACAAGUAUGAUCGCCUUCGACGGCUGUUUUUCAAAAAUUUGUUCCCCGGUCGGUCAUCCUUUCUCUCUUUCAGCACAAUCCCAAAGUUGUACGGACAAUUGCUCUGCAGAUAACACUUCACAAUGGGUUCCGUGGGAACUGAUCUUGUCAACACUAUGACUUCCUUGCCCGACGUGGUAGAAAAUGCCGUGACGGCAUUGUAUCGGCAUGACUGUGCGAACGCAGGCAACUAUGGACCGGAAUGUCCUCCGAGAUGGUCCAAGUUUGCGAGCCAUGAGGAUGACCAAGCUCAUCUCAGGAAUGCUAUACAGAGCGAUCCCAUCAUUCAUCGCCAUUGCUUCAACAAGGACGACAAGAAAUGGGUUACAGAGUCCUUUACCGUUCAGGAUCCGUUAAUGCGCAACCACCUUCGUGUUGCACUGGCCAACUAUCAGGACUUCGACCUAGAGCUUAAGAAUUGGACGUUCAAGGAGCCCUUCUCACCAAUUGUACACCGCUGGGACCGUCUGAAUACUCUACGCGAAAAUACCACCGAAGACAAGUCCAAGAAAGCCAUUGACCAACUCAUGAACUUCCUUGGGCCAAUUCUCGCCCCUUCGAUUGGAUCCCUGCUGCAGACUAAGGCAACGGGCAAGGUCGACUUUGAAAAUGUUUGGCAAAUCUUCCCACCCGGCGAGCUCGCAGUCACGUCGUUCUUCGGCAUUCAGGCGGUCACUCGCAUACUCCGCUAUGAGUUGAUCCGACCACGCUGCGACCCACCGUAUUGGCAAGUCGAGUUUGAAUAUCUGGACUGGAACGGUGAGCGUUGCGGUUACACGUCUGCCAAGUCCAAGAUCAGAUACUUUGAUGGCAUGAAGUUCGUGACAAGCCUUGGCGUAUACCCACUUUCCUUCAGUCCCUCAGCCUCGGAAAUCAAGCAACGAAUCACCGCAAGAGGUCGUAAAUUUGAAAGCCUCAGAGGCUAUCACUUCAGGACUUGCGUCGGAACCAAGAUCCUUCUCGAGACCAAGUGCCCAGAGGAGAGGCCGGUUGCAGGCCGAGUCAUUAUUGACGCGUUCGCCUACUACACCAGCAACAAUAUUGUGAAACCAAACUUGAGGUCCUUGGAGGGCACCGUUGUAGCCGAGGUGGUCACUGAUGCAUCUGAAAGUGAUGCAGAGGACAAUGAUGAAGAACAAGACGACUUCAGGUCUACCACCAGUUCUGACGACUCCGAGGAUAGCCUCUCCGAGCUGACUGCCGUCAAACCGUCGGGUGGUUCUUUGAAGCGUACCGAGAUCAUAGAGCCUCUCACGGAUGAGCAGUGCCUCUUGGCAUCCCCUUGGCUCAAGGGUCUGGACCUCAAGAGUAAGGACUGGGCUCAAUUCAAUGUCGACGAGCUGGACGAAAUAGUCUGGAAUGAUUCCGCGUUUGACCAUCUCGUGCUUCCUGGAAAUGAGAAGGAGCUCGCGUGGGCUUUUGUCGAGAACAAGGCAUUGUCAAAGAACCAGUUCGAUGAUUUCAUUCCGGACAAGGGCCGAGGCAUUAUCAUUCUCAUGUUCGGACCUCCUGGGGUGGGUAAGACAUACACAGCAGAAGCUGUCGCCGAAAAGUCGCGUGUUCCACUUUAUGCAAUGAGUGCGGGCACGCUUGGCACGAAGCCUAAACAGAUAGAGGCAGCCCUCGAGCGUGCCCUGGAGCUCUGCAGGCUCUGGAACGCCAUGCUCCUCCUCGACGAAGCAGACGUCUUCCUUAGUGCCAGGACCGACACGGACCUUGCCCGUAACGAGCUCGUCGCCGUCUUCCUGACCAAGCUUGAGUACUACCAGGGAAUCUGCUUCCUGACCACCAACCGCAUCUCCAGCCUGGACCACGCAUUCCAGUCUCGAGUUGACCUGUUCCUCCCGUACCGGGACCUCAAGCCUGAGGCGCGCAGACAGGUCUGGGAGAACUUCAUCAAUCGUGCUGGGGACAAGCAGUUUGAUGUCGACUCUGCAGGCCUAGAUGAGCUGUCUAACAUUCAGCUGAAUGGCCGUGAAAUCAAGAACCUGAUCAAGAGCGCACACCUCUUGACACUGAAGGGUGGCGAGAAGAUCACCAAAGACCGGCUAAAGAUGCUGGCUGAGAACCGUAUUAAUGCGCUCGAUGCACUCAGCGAAUAAACGCGGUAAAUCAGUCUGGUCAACUUUGGUUUUGGAAUACAAUCAUUGAUGACAGCACAAGCAGACGAGUGAGAACACUGGUGGCCCGCAAAUAGACUGUAAAUGAAAUUAGGGGGAAAUGCGUUUGUUUUCUGUUCUUUUUGGCAACCCUUAGAUAGUGUGACUUCUAUCAUGGGAAAUACAUAGCCUCUCCGUCUCUGUUUUUCUCUUGAAGAAAUAAAAAUCAAAGAUGGACGGUCCAUGAUGCCAGCUAGCGAUAACUACAUUUUAGCACUGACUGAUAGCACAACGAAGUACGACCAUCCCUCAGAAA